AUGUUGGCCUCACCAGAACCUAAGGACCUUGUCCCUUUUACCAAAGAGUCUCUUGAAUUUAUGAAGCAACGGAUUGCUAAAAAAUGCAAUGAAGAACAGGAAGAUGACUUACAGCCAAAUGUUAGCUUGGAAGUUGGCAAAGAGCUUCCAUUUGCUUAUGGAAACCUUUCUCCAGGAAUGGUUUCAGUGCCCUUGGAAGAUGUGGAUCCAUACUACAAUAAAAACACAUUCAUGAUAAUAAAUAAAAGGAGAACAAUCUUCAGGUUCAAUGCCACCUCUACCUGGUGUACUUUGUCACCUUUCAGUCCCACUAGAAGAAUAAUGAUUAAGGUUUUGGUACAUCCCUUUUUCCGAUUGCUAAUUUUAAUUAGUGUCCUGACUGACUGCGUAUUUAUGACUAUGACUAAUUUUGCGUAUUGGAGAGCAAUAUUAGAGGAUACUUUGCUUGGAAUUUACACAAUGGAAAUACUUGUAAAACUCAUUGCAAGAGGCAUUUGGGCUGGACCUUUUUCUUUUGUUGGUGAUCCAUGGAACGGGCUUGACUUCAGCGUCACUUUGUUCGAGUUUGUAGCAAGAUAUUCACUUCCAGGAUCUGCUUCAAUACUUAAUAUUGUAAGAACUUUGAGGGUUUUGAAAAUUAUACCUUUAAAUCAUGGUAUGAAGUCUCUUGCAGGAAUUCUGAACAAUUGUGUGAAGAAACUUACUGGUGUCAUUAUCCUAACUCUGCUUUUUCUGAGUAUAUUUUCUCUAACUGGUAUGGGGCUCUUCAUGGGCAACCUGAAACAUAAAUGUUUGUGGUGGCCACAGGAAAAUGAGAAUGAGACACUGCACAACAGAACAGAAAACAUGUAUAAUAUUCCAGAAGUAGAGAACUUUUAUUAUUUGGUGGGAGAGAAGUAUGCCCUUCUCUGUGGCAACAGAACUGAUGCUAGUCAGUGUCCUGAAGGCUAUUUGUGUGUAAAAACUGGCAGAAACCCCGAUUUUGGCUACACAAAUUUUGACAAUUUUGGCUGGGCCUUUUUGGCCCUGUUUCGGUUAAUGACUCAGGACUAUCAAGAAGGACUUUAUCAUCAGAUCCUUUAUGCUUCUGGGAAGAUCUACAUGAUCUUUUUUGUUGUGGUAAGUUUUUGGUUUGCCUUUUACAUGGCAAGUUUGUUCUUGAGCAUACUUGCUAUGGCCUAUGAAGAAGAAAAGCAAGCAAACACAGAAAGAGCUCAGAAGACUGAACCAAAAUAUCAGCAGACUUUACAAGAAUUUCAAGAAGGAAAAGAAGCAGUGGAGACCAAGACUAUACAAAUAGAAAUGAAGAAAAGAUCACCAACUUCUAUGACCACAUCUGUAGAUAUGUUGGAUGAUGAUACUCUCAGACAUAAUGAAGAAGCAAAGAAAUCCAGGAAGAAAUGUCCAUUGUGUUGGUAUAGAUGUGCUAAAAUUUUCUGUAUCUGGGAUUGCUCUCCCUGUUGGUUAAAAUUGAAAGAGUUUGCUCAUAUGAUUUUAAUGGACCCAUUUACUGACCUUGCCCUGGUCAUAUGCAUAAUUUUAAACACACUAUUGCUAGCAUUGGAACAUUAUCCAAUGAAUGAAGACUUCGACACUCUUCUCAGCAUUGGAAACCUGGUUUUUAUUGGAAUUUUCACUGUAGAAAUGAUCUUUAAAAUAAUUGCCAUGCAUCCAUAUGGAUAUUUCCAAAUGGGCUGGAACAUAUUUGACAGCCUAAUUGUAUUCCUUGGUUUAACUGACAUUUUUCUAGCGAAUGUUGAAGGACUGAGUCUUCUUCAAUCAUUGCGAGUGCUCCGAAUUUUUAAACUGGGGAAAUACUGGCCAACAUUUAGGAAUCUACUGUGGACCCUCAAUAAAUCAUUGGUGGCCUUGCAAAACCUGGUCUUGCUCUUGUUCACUUUUAUCUUCUUCUCGGCUACGCUUGGAAUGAAGAUCUUUGGUGCGAGCUAUGAAAACUGUGUUUGUAAUAUAAACAGUGACUGUCAGCUGCCCCGCUGGCACAUGCAGGACUUCUUCCACUCCUAUAUGAACGUGCUCCGGAUGCUGUGUGGGGAAUGGAUAGAGACUUUAUGGGACUGUAUGCAGGUGGCAAGCCGAGCUACAUGUAUUCCUUUUUACAUGAUCGUUAUUUUAAUUGGAAACUUAUUGAUACUUUACCUGUUUGUGGCUUUGGUAAGCUCAUUUAGUUCACACAAGUCUCAACCAACUGAAGAGAACAAAGAUGCAAAAAAUGUCCAGCUUGCAGUGGCACAGAUUAAAAAAGCAGUUAACAAUGUGUUAUUAAAAGUAUUAUGCAAAAAACAAAAUAUACCACAGGAAGUAAUGGAAAAUGCAAGCGAAACUUAUGUCAAAGAAACUAUUUCGGACAAUACCCUUUCUCAGUUGAGCAACACCCAAGAUUUCCCCAAGGAUAAGGAUAAAAGCAGUUGCACUGAGAAAAACAUGACUGACAAUGAGAACCAAUCACUUAUCCCCAGUCCUAGUGUCUCAGAAAGUGUACCAAUCGCUUCAGGGGAAUCUGAUAUUGAAAAUCUGGAUAACAAGGAAAUUCAGAGCAAGUCAGGUUAUGGGAGCAGCAAAGAGAAAAUAAAACCAUCUAGCUCAUCGGAAUGCAGUACAGUUGAUAUUGCACUCUCUGAAGAAGAGGAAAUGGUCUAUGAACAAGAAAGGUCAAAGCAUCUUAAAAAUGGUCACAGACGGAGGUCUACACCUAGUCAAACCAGCAGAGAGUCCAAGAAUGGAAAAAUUUGGCAGAACAUAAGAAAAACUUGCUGCAAGAUAGUAGAAAACAACUGGUUUAAGUGUUUUAUUGGCCUAGUCACUCUGCUCAGCACAGGUGCUCUGGCUCUUGAAGAUAUAUAUAUAAAUCAGAGGAAAACUAUUAAGAUUUUAUUAGAAUAUGCUGACAUGAUCUUCACUUACAUCUUCAUUCUGGAAAUGCUGCUAAAGUGGAUGGCAUAUGGAUUUAAAGCUUAUUUCACUAAUGCCUGGUACAGACUGGACUUCAUGGUUGUUAUUGUCUUUUGUCUUAGUUUAAUAGGCAAAUCUCAAGAUAGCCUUAAAGCACUUACAUCUAUAAAAUUCCUUCGGCCGCUCAGAGUCCUAUCCCAAUUUGAAAGAAUGAAGGUGGUUUUAAGAGCUUUAAUAAAAACAACUUUACCCGCGGUGAAUGUGUUUCUGGUGUGCCUUAUGAUCUGGCUAGUUUUUAGCAUCAUGGGAGUACAAUUGUUUGCUGGCCGGUUCUAUGAAUGCAUUGACCCAGCAAAUGGAGAAAGGUUUCCUAUAUCUGAAAUUACAAACCAGAGUCAGUGUGAAAGUCUUGUGCUUAAUGAAUCCAUGCCAUGGAAGAAUGCAGAACUGAACUUCGACAAUGUUGGAAAUGGAUUCCUUUCACUACUUCAAGUAGCAACAUUUAAUGGAUGGAUCAGUAUUAUGAAUUCAGCAACUGAUUCUACUUCUAUAACUCUGCAACCUAAUUUUGAAAACAACAUCUAUAUGUAUUGGUACUUCAUCAUCUUUAUUUUCUUUGGAGUAUUUCUCCCUAUGAGUAUGCUGAUUGGCACUAUUGUUGCUAACUUCAACAAACAUAAAAUAAAGCAGGGAGGUUCAAAUAUCUUUAUAACGGCAAAACAGAAGAAACAGUGCCGUGGUCUGAAAAAGCUGAUGUUGGAAGACUCUGAAAGACCAAUUCCUCGCCCAAAAAACAAAUUCCAAGGAUUCAUCUUUGACUUAGUGACAAAUCAGAAAUUUGAGAUCAUCAUCAUGGUUCUUAUCUUUGCCUAUGCACUAGCCCUUAUGAUGGAAAGUGAUGAUGAGAGUCCACAAAUGGAAAUUGCCUUGUACUGGAUUAACACAAUUUUUGUCUUGCUUUACACUGGAGAAUGUUUACUGAAACUCAUCGCUUUCCGUUGUUAUUAUUUCACCAUGGGAUGGAAUAUUUUUGAUUUUAUGGUAGUCAUUUUCUCCAUUAUAGGACUACUGCUCCCUAUGAUGGUAGGAUCCUACCUUGUAUCUUCUUCUCUUGUUCAACUGAUACUUCUCUCAAGAACGAUUCAUAUCCUCCGUCUUGGGAAAGGACCAGAAGUGUUCCAUAACCUGAUGCUUCCUUUGAUGCUGUCCCUCCCAGCAUUACUGAACCUCAGUUUUCUCAUCUUUCUGGUCAUGUUUAUUUAUGCCAUCUUUGGAAUGUAUAACUUUGCCUAUGUUAAAAAGGAAGCUGGAAUCAAUGAUGUGUCUAACUUUGAAACCUUUGGUAGUAGUAUGCUCUGCAUUUUUCAGGUUACCAUAUUUGCUGGUUGGGAUGGGAUGCUUAGUGCAAUUUUUAACAGUAAAGCUGACUGUGAUCCUGAUAAAAUCAACCCUGGGACCCAGAUUAAAGGAGAUUGUGGUAACCCCUAUUUUGGGAUUAUUUAUUUUGUCACUUACAUCCUUAUAUCAUGGAUGAUCAUUGUGAAUAUGUACAUUGUUGUUGUUAUGGAGUUUUUCAAUAUUGUUUCUAAAAAAAAGGCCAAGAGCUUAAGUGAAGAUGAUUUCCGGAAGUUUUUUCAGGUGUGGAAAAGGUUUGAUCCUGACAGGACCCAAUACAUAGAUUCGAGUAAACUUUCAGAUUUUGCCGCUGCUCUUGAUCCUCCUCUUGUCAUGGCAAAACCGAACAAGGGUCAACUCAUUGCCAUGGACCUCCCCAUGGCAGUUGGGGACCGAAUUCACUGUCUUGACAUCUUACUCGCUUUAACAAAACGAGUUUUAGGUAAAGAUGAAGGGAUGGAGAAAGUUCUUUCAGAGAUAGAAACUGGUUUUCUGUUAGCCAACCCUUUUAAGAUCACGUAUGAGCCAAUUACCACAACUCUAAAACGAAAGCAAGAGGCAGUCUCAGCCACUAUCAUUCAACGAGCUUACAAAAGUUACCGCUUGAGGAGGCAUGACAAAAAUACAUCAGAUAUUCACAUGAUAGAUGAUGAUGAUGGAGAUGCAAAAGAUGCUAAAGGAGAUUCCCAUUGUGAGAAAACUGCAGAAAAUUCAAUGAUUCAAAGCCAAAUAUAA